AUGUUAACAAAGUUGGAUUUAUCACUUGAGAACAAUGCAUUAAGGAAGGCACUAUACGGUGAAGACCCAGAAGAGAAGAUGCAUCGUAGAAAGAUGCACCUCAGAGGCCUCACAAAUAAGAAGCAAUACGCAGAUAUAUGCAAAAUAGCACA